CGCUUUAUGAUGGCUUCAGCUCGCAUUUUACUGGUCCGAGGCUCGCUGGUUUUGAAUGCCAUCUUAGUACUGUACCUGUGCCUGAACUGGCUCUCCUACUCCCCAACUCACGAAGUCGUCUGCCAUUCCCAGAUUCAUUCUGCUCAAGAAGUAAAGGGUAUUCUAUCGUCCAGCCAACCAUCAUUGCCAAUGGAGAUCCCAUUGCCUCCUCUUCCUAAACCAUUAGAAGUUGAUGCCAGUAUAGGCAAAGACGUGUCUCUUGGGGGAAGACGGACACUCGGGCAAAUGAACGAGGAAGUGCCUGGGGCUGAUCCAGAUGAGCCUCCACGAGAAGUGCAAGAGAGCAUUGGUGUCACAGAGCACUUGGUUACCGAGCCCAUAGCAACAGAGCCUCCUGACCCUCCUCUGGACUCGCAAGAACGGAAGAUUUACCCAGAUCUGCGAGACUGUACCAUAAAGCCUCUCCGUCCUUUUUAUCAGCAACGUGGUGAUUAUUGGAUACUGGAAAAUUACAUUCCUGCACUUCUCUCCUUCCGUUACAAUGAAUCUAUCACAUACGCUACUCAUGGAGAUUAUACAUUUUUGGAUAAUCUAGAACUGUUAACUUCACGAUGGCAAGGUCCAGUAAGUGUGGCAGUAUAUACCCCAGGAUCUGACUUCGAUGCUUCUGUACAGACUAUUUUAUAUCUCCGCGACUGCUGGGCUGAAGGAAUAAAGAAAUAUGUUACUUUUCAUCUUUUCUUUGAUGUGUCACACACACCAAAAGUAAUGCCAACUACUGAAGAAAUUCUCAGGAAAAGGGCAGAUUGUGGACAAGAGCCCCCAAAGUGGACUAAUGUUACAACAUACAGACAAGAAAAGAAACUUUUAUAUCCUGUCAAUGUUGCUAGAAAUACAGCGCGUAUGGCUGCCCAAACUUACUUUGUCUUCCCGUCGGAUGUUGAAUUGUAUCCGUCCUCUAAUUUUAUUCCAGAAUUCUUCAAGAUGCUGAAGCGUCCAGAUGCCUCGAAUACAACCAGUCCUCGUGUUUAUGUCUUUUCAAUUUUUGAAGUCAAGGAAAACAUCUCGGCACCAGAGACAAAGACUGAAUUGCAAAAAAUGCUCAAGAAAGGAGAUGCGAUUCCAUUCCAUAAAAACAUUUGCCCAGGGUGUCAUAAUAUACCCAUGUCCAAGGACUGGAUUACUGCUCCGGUAAAACCUGGAUUGUCAGUUUUUCACAUCGGGAAAAGAAACCCUCCCUUCCAUAGCUGGGAGCCUAUUUAUGUAGGAACGAAUAAAGAGCCCUUAUAUGAUGAACGCCUUUCGUGGGAAGGCAAGAGUGAUAAAAUGACCCAGAUGUACAUCCUGUGUGUCAGGGAUUACGAAUUUCACAUUCUUGAUAAUGCCUUCCUUGUUCAUCGGCCAGGUAUAAAAAAGCUACGCAAAGAUAAAGAAAGGGAUAAAAUUGUUAGAAAACAAAGUUAUACUAUUAAAAACAAAAUUGUUCCUGAGUACAAGACUUUAUUUGGUUCUCGUAAAAACUGCUUCCUGUGAGGGUUUGCAUUUUGUAGUUAGAAAUCUUAUUUUAUAACUGGAGAGAAUGAGUGCCUUUUAAUCCAAUUAUGAAUGGGACCAAAAGAUUUUUGGACCUGAAUUAGGAUUAAUUCUUUUAUAUUCAGAUUAAAUUUUUUAUCUUUAGAAUAGUGACAAAACUUCAAGUUAUUUAUGAAGUGUUUACGUGAACUUAAUAUAAGCUAGACUCAGUUUGAUGAUAUUCUCUAAGACAACCUGUAAUAGUAUCUUCAGAUAACUGGAGCAUCAGAUAUAGUGAUUUGGGAUUAUAUUGUUGCUUGAUGAAUUGUGAUGAAAGAACUUAGUUUUUAUGGAUAACAUGUACUCUAUUUUUAACUCACCAACAUUCCAAAUUAUGUAUCUUUUGAUGAUAUGCUAGGUAUAAAUAGUUACCAGUUAUAUUGUAAGUGCAAAAACAAAGCCACAUUCAUCAUUUGGCAUUUUAAUGCUGUACAGUAGUAUGUGAUA